AUGUUCGCCGCUCGCCGUUUGACCGCUGGCGUUCCUCGCGUCCUGUCCCAGAGGGCGCUUUUCCAUAACACCGCCCCGGCGUUUGUUCAGAAGGGCGAUGCCAUCCCCGAUCUCGAUGUCCUGGUCGAGAACUCCCCCGGCAACAAAGUCAACCUCGCCAAGGAGCUGAAGGGCAAGGGAGUCAUCAUUGGUGUCCCCGCCGCUUUCAGCCCCGCUUGCUCCAGCACCCACGUGCCCGGCUACAUCAACCACCCCAAGCUGAAGGAGGCUGGCCAGGUGUUUGUCGUUGCCGUCAAUGAUCCUUUUGUGACCAAGGCCUGGGGCGAGUCUCUCGAUGCCUCUGGCAAGAGCGGCAUCCGGUUCCUCGGUGACCCUACUGGCAAGUUCUCCGACGCACUUGAUGUUACCUUCGACAGCGCCUCCAUCUUCGGAAACAACCGCAGCAAGCGCUACGCGCUGGUUGUCGAGAACGGCAAGGUCAAGGAGGCCUUCGUGGAGCCCGACAACAUCGGCGUCAACGUCUCCGCGGCUGAGAAGGUGCUGGGUUAA